AUCCCUUGAAACCCAACAUCCCGAUUCUCGGCCGUUAUCAGAUUCCAUCUGCCUUGAUUCUGAUUCUGAUUCGACCUCGUGAUUGACAUUAGCCCACUGGCCACGGGUCCUCGCCAUACGAUACGCGCCGACUACCCAAUGUACCUUGUUCUGACGAGACGAUGAAGACAGAUUGAACCGGCAUAAGUUCACGACCGUUUUCGAGUAGAUCGUAACGGAUCCAUUCCACACUAUCCAUCCCUGCUUCUCAAUCCUAACAGACGGAUUUAUCGUUCCAAAGGCCCGCUGGGUAUUCAAUAGAUCGAUUACAUACAUCGAAUCUAAAACUGAUAAUGGACGCCACCAAAACGCUCCCGGCGUCAUGGUACUGUUCGCAGAAUCUGUACCAAUUGGAGCGAAGAGCCGUCUUCUUCAAAGCAUGGUAUCUCGUUGGCGCUGUACCCAAAUUUGCGAUUGAUCGUAUUAUCGAGUAUGAAUUCGCGGGUGUUACUGUUGUGGUUGAACAUGAUGGGAAUGAGAAUUUCAGUGUCGUCAGGAAAUCAGAUAACCAACCACUAGCACACUACUUGACGCCAACAGGCCUCCUCUUCACCACCAUCUCAGAGUCCGCACCACCGUUUGAAGAGUGGUUCCCACCAUCACUCCUCCAACUGGUGUCGAAGUAUGACUUCCGUCGACUACCACACCGACGCACCAUCAAAUAUCCCGGCAACUUCAAUUGGAAAACCAUGGUCGAUGGGUAUCAGGAAUGUCUGCACUGUCAAUAUACCCAUCGGUCCUUCAGCGUCAAGUAUCCUCCGACCUUCUAUGAGGUACACAACCAUGGCUCAUAUAGUCGACAUAUUGCCGAUCCGGCGAAUCCCAAUGAUGGUUUGUUCUUGUAUUUCUUCCCUGUUUGCACUCUCAACCUGUACGGUGGGGGGAUGAGUAGUUUCCGGGUCUGUCCUGGUGACAAGGUCGGUGAGAGUAGGAUGGAAUUUGACUAUUACUUUGAUGACGGUAAAGGUGGAACAGAGGGGUUCGAAGAUUAUUAUAAAUUCGUCCGGAAAGUCGCUCUGGAGGAUUUCGAGUUGUGUGAAGUUGCUCAGGAGAAUCUGUGGAGGGGGGUUUAUUCCCAGGGUGUGUUGAACCAGGUCAAGGAGAGUGGUGUUCUUCACUACCAGCAGUUGACUCGGAAAAUGGUGGUGGAGAAGUUCAAGGAGGAAGAGGCAGAGAAGAACGCUUUGACACCGGCAAGUAGCCGUGCAAGUGCAGGUUUUGUGGCAAGUGGUCAGGAUGAUGUCGCCGUGUCUGCAUAGUGAUGUAAAGAUUGAUCAUAGACAUGCAGGUCACAGUCAAAUCCCAUCUUUCUUCGUAG